UUUAUUCGAUAUCAGCUUUGUUUCAUUCGGCGCGAAAUUAUAUCCGCAUUUGAAUUUUUUGAAAAGGGCGAUUUAUUUUCAUUUUUAAAUACGGAACUGAUGUUGUGUAUUGUCUUAAGCACACAAAUUAAAUAUCUGUAACAUGGAGGACGCCAAACCAGACCCGAGCAAGACUGUUGAACUUGCAGACUCCAACCCAACAGCAAGUAUCAACGCAAAUGAAGAUUCGAAAGUCACUACCGAUGUUGUUAAUGAUGUUCCAUAUUACAGAAACCUCGUGAAAAGCAAUGCAGAGGCACUUAAUAAGUUAUGUGAUAAAUGGAAAAUUUAUGAAGAUACAAUUUCUGAAGAAGUUGGCAAAGAAAAUGCAGAAACUAUUCUUGGAGAUAUAAGAACAUGUAUUGGCCAAGCUAAACUAUUGAUGAAGGAAAGAUUUUCCCAAUUUUCGGGUUUAAUUGAUAAAUGUGAAUUUGGAAGCAAUGAUAAACCAGUUCUGUGUCAUGAUUUACAAGGAUUUUGGGAUAUGGUCAAUUUUCAGGUGGUUGACGUGCAAGAAAAAUUCUCCAAUCUUGAAGAAAGGAAGAAAAACAAUUGGCCAAAGACUGAACCUGAAAAGAAUACAAAUAUUAAAAAGAGAACGCUGAAAAGAAAGUCAGCAACAAACACAACAAAUGAGGCGAAAAAAAUAGAAGCAAAGAAAAGGCUUGCUGCUGCAAAGGCUGCGCUUAAAAAGAAAGUUCAAAUGCCUUCGGUUACCUUUGAUGCUGGUUUCUUUAAAGUGGACAGUCCAGUUCGAAGUUUAAGAGAUUGUGGUCGUACACCGUCCACAACAGAACGCAAGCGACCGGCUACUCCAUCAUCAGAUAACUUCCUCCACGGAAGGUAUUUAAAGAGGAGACUGGAAGCAAUGACACCUGAAUUAAAAAAGACUCUCAAUUUUGAAGCUGCAGCGGAUUCUAUUGAACAAGAAACAAGUGAAAAUGUUUGUAAAGCUCCUGUUGUUGCUGCAGCCAAUGAAAAGCGCACAAUUUCUACUGAAACAGAAAUGAAUGAAUUUAAUGUAGAGCGAGCGCUUACAGAAAUAAGUAAGCAGUUUAAUUUUGUCCAAAAUAUGUACAGAACAAGAGAAACUAGUACGAAGUCUGUGCAAACUCUCAAAGAAAAAACCAUUAAAGCAGAAGAAAAUCAUUCUAAUGACUCAUAUAAAGAAUUAUACCAUGUACAGCUUGGUAAAAGUAAAGUGUUGGAAACACAAUUAGAGUUGUACAAAUCUGUGAGGGAGAAAAUCCCUCUUCAGAUGCAGAGGUUGGAAACCACGAAGAAGAUGAUCCAGGAAAAAGUGGACGAAAUCACCGGAAUUGCAUCUCAUCUUAAUUCAUGGAAGCAGGAACUGACUUUGAAAGAAGAAAAAGAAAAUGAGGAGUUAAAACAACUUAAAGAAACACAUCAGAGAAAUUUGGAGGAUUUGACUUCCCUAAGGUCUCAUCAAGAAAAGUUUGACGAAAUUUCUGCAAAACUUAAAGAUAUGGAAGAAAAGGCUGCAAAACAUGAUGUUGAGCACAAUAAGUUGCAAGAAGAAUGUAAUUUGGUGAGAAAGGAGAGAAACGAGCUGCGUGAUGCUUUGAAUGUUGAAUAUGAAGUGAAGAAAGACCUUGAAACAAAGUUGGCUGAAAUAACGGAACAAAGGAUUUUCGAAAAAGAUGAAUUAACAAAUGAGAAUAAUUUUCUUGUUGAAGAGGGAAAGUUAACACAACAACAACUUCACAAAACUGAACUGAUGCUCCAAGCAACUAAAGAUGUUUUGGAAAAACUACAAAUUAAAUAUAAUGACCAAAAGUUAGAAAUUACUGAGAUAAAGGAAACACAAGCAAAGGAGAGAGAUGAAACGAAAGUUCUUCAAGAAGAACUUGAUAUCACGAAAGCAAAUUCAAGGCUUGCUAUUAUUGAGCAGCAACAAGAUGUGAUUGCAAGUGAAUCCAAUGUUGUUAAACUCAAUGCAAAAAUGAAGGCAUUUCAUCAUAAAUUGCAAAAUUAUUUGGAAGAACAUGGUAAAAGAGAAAUACAAAAUAUUCCACCUAUGACACCUGGUAAGUCAUUGGUUGUAUCAGCACUGCUUGGAAAUGCAAAAGAUAUUGAAGAAAUGUUAGAAGCCUCAUCUAAGCAGGCAGAAAAACCAGACGACAAUUUAUUCACAAGGAUUUCUGAUCUUUCAUCACUUAUAGAUGAUAUAAUGCAAACUUCAGCAAAUGUUGCAGAACAUUUUGAAACCAGAAUGCUGCAGCUGUCAUCUGAAAAGAAUUUUCUCACGAAAAGUGUAGCAACCUUGCGGCAACAUGCACAACAGCACGCAGACUCUAAGAUGGAAAGUGAAUUGGUUCUACAAAGACGACUACGGGAGGUUAUGAGCCAACGUGAUGAUUUAACGCAGAACUGGAAAGCAACUAGAAAUGACAACGACAAGUUAAUCCAGAGAAUUCAACAACUAACAGAGGAAAAUUAUAAGUAUAAGACCUACAUGAGCCAAAACUUUGAUCCAUCUGCAUGCCAGCGUAGUAUCAAAAGCAACUCAACUGACAGAAAGUGUUUAGAAGAACUGAAUUUGCAACAAACUCAAAACCCUUGACAGUCUGAUGUUUUUAAUUUUCUCAAUUGCAAAUUUGUUCAACUUUUUACAAAUGUCUUUCAGCAAGUUCGAACAUAUAGCUCUGACUUGGGGUUUACAUAUUCUACAUAUUGUGUGACCUAAACAUAGUUGCUGCGCACAUUUUCUUUCCUAUUUUGUAUUGAAGUUUUUUUUUCAUAUUGUUUUGCAUUGUAAAGAGAUUUGUAUAUAGUUUUUUUUCAGGUAUAAAUCUCUUUGUUUUUUGCUACUGCCACUCAGAGCCAUAGAACUCUGCUGCCAAUGACACUUAUUAAUUUAAAUCGUUAAAAAAAAUCUUACGGAUCAAACAUAAACCUAGUUUGUUGUGUUUUUAAACCAUAGUUAUUCAAUUUUCGUAUAUACCGCGUUUUGUCAUAAAAAUUGUCGAAUUUGAAGUUACCGCUACACUUCUCGCAAAUACAAGUUAUCAUGACGCAAAGAUUCA